CUACCAGGCGCCACGUUGAGAUGGCUAGGACACGAGCUGCCGACCACCAGCCUGACGACCAUCAUGCGACCCGUCGCAAUCCGAGCCGAGCAUCCCGCACAGAGGAAUCCCGUCCACCUCGCGCUUCAACACGGUCGCACCCUCGCAUCCACUAUAAGGAUGAAUCUUCGAGCGAUGGCGACGAAGUUUCCGACUCAUCCCUUCCGAGCGCCGACAAUGCGACCGAAUCAGACCUAGACAGCGAAGCGGACUCGAGAGGCGGCACUCGUUUUGCGCCUCGUCCUCGCCGACACACCCAUCGACCUGCAACAAAACCCCUCGAAAAAUGCCAUGGAAGUCGUCGCAGUGCACGCCAGGCAGCCAUUUCACAUUCUCAAACAAGUGAAGCUGCCCCGCAGUCGGUUUCCCCGAGCAAGCCCGCACGCCACCAACGCACGAGGAAACGUUCAAGCGGAUCAAACCAAACACCAAAUGCCACAAAGAGGCAGCGCACCGUGCCUCAGCAGCUAGAAACCCCUUUACCACAGGGCAUCAUACCAGAUUGGCGUGAUCCUCAGGUGCCCUAUGGUGCAUGGACCGAUAUCUUCUACUACGCGGCUACAACGGGCGGCCAUGAUACCCUUGACGUCAACUGGCUGAUCAACGCCGCCACAACGUGCAAGGCUUUUUCCGAACCUGCUCUCACAGCCAUCUAUCGAUGCCCGCCAAUCACUACUUCCGGUAAGGCAAAACGGCUUGCUGCUCUCCUAGAGCGCUCGCCUUCUGAGACUCGAUUUAACUACCACGCCAAAAUCGAGUCUAUUUACAUAGAUAUUCAAGUCGUACCACAGAGCGUUCUGUUCAAGAUUGUUCACCCUUUACCACGGCUCCGGGAGCUUGUAUUUUUUACCCAACAUGACCAGCCGCCAUACAGAGAACUUGAUCGCACCGUCAGGUGGCAUUAUUCGGAGGACAUCUUCCGCGCACUCAUGCCGUCUACCGCUCAAACAGAGCCUACCGACGAAAAGCCAUUUCACACUGCAUUGAGGAGUUGGGAGUGGAGCGGAAGGCUUCUAGGAGGACAUGGGCCAACCGUCCAGGGCAUCACCCAAGUGCACCAAGACCCCUCAUUCGCUCACCUCACUAAGUUGAGCUUUACCAAUUUCCAAGUUCCAUCGUUGUACAAACCACGCCCAAAGCCGGGAGAUGAGGAGGGUGAGCUGGAGCUGUACAACGAGGACGGUGCCGUAAUCGACUCCAUUGCAGAGGCCAUUUCACAACUCCAAUCCCUUCAACACCUUGUAUUCGAGUCGUCCACUGUCAUGAACCACCGCUUGCUUCUGCUCCUACCAAAGGACUUGAUCCAUUUUUCGCUCAUCAACUGCUGGGAGGUGAAAUCCGACGACUUGGAAGAGUUUCUUCGCACACAUGGCAGGAACAUUCGCACUCUCACCCUGUCGCAUAACCAGUCGCUCGACAUGGCGUUUUUGCCAAGCCUGGACGCCUGUCCUAACCUCGAGGAGCUGCGAAUGAACCUAUCAUAUUUCCGGCUCCACAACACUUUGUCCCUCGUCAACAAUGACUCGGAUCCCAUGUAUGAUGUUGCGCUGCUUCCGCAUCAAAUUCCAAAAUGGCCGGCCAGCCUCCGCGUGGUAGAUUUCGAGCACAUCCGGCAUUGGAGUUUGGAAACGGCAGAGAUGUUCCUCCACUCACUCAUCGAUAGUGCCGGGAAUUUACCCAAUUUACGUCAUCUUGCCAUCAAGACAAUGCUGAACAUCCCGUGGAAAGCGCGAGCAGACAUGCGCCACCAGUGGCGAAAGAAACUGGACAAGGUCUUCCUCCGCCGCUACGAGCCACCGAGCAAUCACACGUCACUGCGAGAGCCACCAGUCGACGAGGCGCCUGCAGCACCCCAAGAAAAGCCCAAGCAGAAGAGGCUCUCCGACCCCCCAUCUCGGCGGAGCACCCGGCUCGCUGUCCAAGUCUCCGACUCCGAGUCGCGAAAUAGCAGCCACUCUAGAGGUCGACGCAGCCUCGGCAGACCGACCUAUCAGGACCCAGAAACUGACGAGGCUGAGUUUGAAUCCUCUGAUGACGAAGGGAGUGAUUCGCCUGCGCCUGUGUCUGGCGACACGGAGUCGCAAAAGCUAGCGGAACGGGCACCCUCAUCAGCGAAGCCCGUCAUACAGGGCCUCUGUACCACCGUGUCCAUUGUUUUCGACAACCAGAAGCCCACGGAGCUACAAUAUGGCAUGGAGGACUUCAUGGACGAAGACCGCGCCGAGUCAGACGGUGAUUGGGAUGGCGACCAGGACGACGACGAAGCCGCCUACGCCUGGUAAUCUGCACCAACACGAUACCCCAGUACACCCCUUGAAACAUCCCGCCCUGUAACUCAAACUCAACACUGGGCUCUUUAUUUGUUUUUUACACGCGCUAUAUGAUUAUGAUAUUAUCCGCUCACCAUGACAUAUGGAUGACGCAGGAAUCGGAACCGGAACCGGACAUUGGCUCCUGCCGCUGAGGCGGCGAAGGAGGUGAGCGCUUCACUUGCUUACUUGUUUUAUCAGGUCAUUGCUUGCUUGCCCUGUACAUAGCAUGAGGGCCUCAAACCCGAGUUCAACUUGUAGCGUAUGCGCUUUAGGUGGAAUGUGGGAAAAAUUCAAACGUUUCGCCUCACGCAAGGUGGUAAUCUAAAUAUCCCGUAAUAGGCCAAACACAAGAAGGCUUGGUUUCUUACACUUGAAUGCCUGACAAAAUAGCACACAUGAUGACAUUUAAGGAGCCAUUUCUUUG